AUGCCGGAACGUGUACAGCGAAUAGUUCGAGUGCGCACAGGGUGUUGGACCUGUCGACGUCGAAAGAAGAAAUGCGAUGAAUCCCACCCAAUCUGUGGUGGCUGUCGUCGGAAUCACCUAGACUGCUCGUGGCCGGCCAAUGUGCCUGGCAGGCGUGCUUCCGCGCCUACUAAUGCCAACUCCCCAAAUACAUCACAACGCCGACCGAGUCCGUUGCAAAGCAUUGAAUCUCCUGAUCGCGUUGUGCCCGUGGAAAGUCCCUCGUCGCGGGCGGGAUCCGUCUCGUCGAGCGUGCAGUCUGCCAAUGCUGACGCUGACCACCUGGUUGAGUCUCCACCGGCUGAGACCAGCCCUCCACGCCCUGUGUCAGUGACUCCUGUCGGGGAUUCACUUGUGGCGGCGUUUUCAAUGCGAAAUGUCCUACCGCGCAGUCUGUCGAUGCUGCCUGGUUACGACGCCGAGUCUUAUCAGCUUCUCAGUCAUUACUUGGCCACGACGGCAGACUGUAUGGCGAAUGGCUCAACGCCUGUCAAUCCUUUUCUGGUGCAGAUUGUUCCACUGGCAUUCUCUAGUGAUUUGCUGUUGCAGUUGGUCAUUACGCAGAGUGCCGCUCACCGCGCGUUUCGUUCGCGAGAUGAGUCGGACACUAUUGCCCACAGUCACUAUACCAAGGCUUUACAGCAUUUCCGUCGGGGAGUCACGGAUUUCAUCGAUGGGAAAGAAUCUAAUCCAUUAAUGCUCCUUGUGGGGGCGCUUCUAAUGUGUUUUACUGAGACCGCAAAAGGAGACAUGAACGGGACAAUAUUCGACCAUCUCUCCGCGGCAAAUUCAUUGCUGGUCAAAUUGCUUGCACAGAGCGACUCGGCCGUGCCGCGAGAUCUGAAAGAUUUCGUCAUCGAAUAUUACACCUACACUGCGACCGUGAGCAUGAUCUCAAUCGACGCUCGAUACAGUGGCCAACUUUUCCUGAAUCUCGACCUGGAAGAGCGAUCGCGCGAACUAUUGCGCACCCAAUACGUGGGAAAUCUGUGCGGCUGUUGGCUGGAACUAUUGCUGCUGAUCCCAUGUAUUUUUGAUCUCGGUCGACAGUGGAUCAUGGACGAUGCCCAAGCCCCUGUUCCUACCGCUGAUGAUUUCGCCAUGUUCGCCUCUAUCCAAGCUCAGGUUUUGCGCUGGUCGCCUUACCCUUCUGUCGGACCGGAGGUUCAUGUUGCAGGCUUGAUUUUCCAACAGGCUAUUCUCAUCUAUCUAUACACUUCACUUGAAGGAUUUCGACAUACGCCAGAUGGAAUCUACAGAGGGUUGCUUGACAAUGCCGUCACAGAAGCCAUGUCUUACUUGAUCGAGCUAUCUCCCAGCGAGCGCAUCAACUCGGGGCUUUGCUGGCCUAUCGCCGUGGUGGGCUCGUGUCUCGUCAACCCAGACCAGCAAGCCCAACUCAGAGCGCGGUUAACCGCCAUGACCGAAGCCUUUGGUCUGGGAAAUAUGCAUCGCACCUUACUCCUGCUCGAAGCAAUGUGGCUCCUACCAAUUUCCGAAGCCGGGCCUUGGAAUAUCUGUCGGGCAAUGCAACAAAACCAGAUUUGGAUUUCAUUCGCAUGA